GCGGAGAUCCGGCGGCUCGGGGAGGAGCAGCCCUGCACAGCCAGACUGAGCACCGAGAGAGAGAGCAGAAACAAAGAGAAGGACUCGGAGACAGAGAGCCCUGGGUAGGGUGGAGGCAGGAUCCGGGGUGUCUGCCCCCUCCACCCGAGCUGCAGGCAAAUACCCCACCCUGGGGUAGACAGCACCCCCGGACCGGAUGGAGGUAGGAGGGGGGCGGUGUAUGGGACAGGGCUGUUUGUAUACAGUAAAGCAGACACUGAUUUCCCUGCAUACAUGACACAUGCACACACAGUAUGUACCGGGAGGGACGGGGACUGCAUGCCAUGUCAUACAAACACCAUGCCCCUUACAUACUGGGGUAUCUAUAGUACACUACAACUCCCAACUUCAUUCACCAGCUAUAAAACUGGCAAAGCAUCAUGGGAGUUGUAGUUCUGCAGCAGCUGGAGUUCUCCAGUGACCAGCCCUGGUCUGCAGUGCAUGUGUGCAGGGUCCAGGGAAGGCUGUGCACACUGCUGUCAGGGCUGGCUACAUGGUGGGUUUAAUGGGCAGAGUUGGCACUUCCCAAUCUAGGGGUCUUGUUAAAGUGAGACAGUCAGAGACGUGGGAUCCCCUAACCAGCAGGUACACAUGGAGACAGAGCUAGAUCCCCAGCUGUUCUGCCACAGCUGGGGGCACCCUGCCUCCUCCCCCUCCUCUGUGUGAUGGAGGAGGGCUGCCUUGCACACAUGUGCACACAGGUCUGGUUUGUACACUGCUGCCAGUCACCUCCUCCGCUGCAGUCCCAGCUGCAAAAGAUCCCCCCCACUUCCCCGGGGUGGGGUCUCUGGCCUUGCUCUGCAUGUCACUUUACUAUCUUAUUGUAUGUGUGCUCUCAGCCCCCCUGUGUACGUGUGCAUGGUCAGGCACCAAUGGCUGGAGCUGACCUGUCUCUGCACACAAAAUAAAAAAAGGGGGAUUGAGGGGGUCUUCAGUAGCACAAAGAGCAAGGGCUAUGCAGGGGAGGAGGAAGAGGGUAAUAAAUCCACAGCAAUGCGCAUAAAAAUCCAGAUUGAGAAAUCACCACAACCCCAUGCAAAUAAAGUGGUAUAUUACAGGCCACAGCUGGGCUCAUGUUACAAGUAGGGUAUGUGAAGGGUUAAGUCAUAGCUGACUGCUGUCAGGCCCUGUAGUUUGGAAAUUGAUAGGUGUGCUCUGCUAACUGGUGAGUGAAAUGUGACAGUCUGUUUUUUGGUGUUGCUUGGUAUGUAUGUAUGCAUACAUUCAUUUCAGAUUUAGUAGGUUACUUUAUACAAGCAGGCAUACAGUUUUACUAUAAGUUAUAUAUAACAUUGCAAUGCAAGAGCUCAUGGCCUCUCAACCUGUGUUUCCAUAAUAUUGGGCCAAAUCUGUCUAGGUGCAAAUAAAAUGUGUUCAUGAGGAACGCUUGUGGCUCAGUAAGUGAUCUGUCAGUCCAUGCAUUUUAUAAGUUACUGAGAUUUUUGUUGGCAACUGUAAAGUAUCUUGAUCAUUAAGGUCUAAGGGGUAUUUGCUUUAGUUUUUUUUUGUUUGUUGUUUUUUUAAUUAAAAAUCCAUGCUCCCAUUAAUGCAGACAAUUCCAGCAAGUUGAUAAACUCAGCAGACAUUGUUUGAAGUAGACAGUUUCCAUAUAUUGGCAUGGAAAACCUGCAGCAGACCAUAGCUCCUGUGCUAAUAGAAAUUGGAUUCUAGACAGACCAAGCCCAUAACUUACACUGUGUUUUGCAGUGCAUAAUAACUUCUGUGUACCGGUAAUUUUGAAUUUCCAAAUGGAGGACUGGUAUAUUGAUUUGCUGACAGCUGCAAGUGAAUGUAUUUUUUUAGAUUGCUUAUAUUGCCUAUACUGUUUUUUUUAUUUUUUUUAUGUCCUAUGUAAUAUCUUAGUAUAAAUGUUAUCACUUUCUUAUAUAUAUAUAUAUAUAUAUAUAUAUAUAUAUUCUCUCUCCCUUCCCCCUUAAUAUUGGUUGCUAGAAUACACAGGCUAUUAAAUGGUAAUAAACACACGAAUGGUUGUGGCAUCAUCAGUGGCUUCCAUACCAGUUUAUUAUACAGCCGAGGUCAUCUUCAUUUUUUUUUUUUUUUUGUGUGUGGGUGAUUAGAGAUAUUAUGAUCCUCUUGUAUACUAGAUUCAUUUCACAAUUAGAAGAAUAAAUAAAAUUUAAGUUGCUUAAGCAUUGAACCAAAAAAACUGAAUUUGUGAGAAUUUGUAAAUUGUUUUCUUUUUCUCUUUUAGCCCAAGUUUGUGUAUGUGAUGUAAAGAUACAUGUUAAUGAAAAUUGGAUGCUGCUUAUGCUGAACAUUUAGAUUAAUGCUGUGUUAAUCAGGAGCUAGUCCUCUAGUUGUGAUGAAACUGCAGGUUUGCUGAUUCUCAGCAGUUCUAAUAAAAGAAAAAUACGUUGGUGGCAGGCAGAGCGUCAUGUGAGUUGUAGUUCUACUUUAACUGUGAAGUUUUUGUUCGUUAACACUGAUUUAUAGUAGAAUGAUUAAUUAAUUGAAACUUAGAGCACUGACCUACUAUAGGCAGAAUUUUAAAUGCAUAGACCACAUGCUCCUUGUUUUUCUUUUGCUCAAGGUCAGGAAUUUGAACUGGAGCUAAAUUUUUCCUUCAGCUAUAUUCCCAAGCCUGGGAAAUGCAUUUGUUUUUGCAUGUUGUUUUUUUAAAGGGUCUCUGGCUUUCACACGUAAUGUGACUUUCUCAUUUACAUCUCCUACUCAUAUUUUUUUCUAAACAUUGUGCUAGUUGAAUGGUGGCUCUAUAUAAAAACUAAAAUUAAAAUCCCACAUGCAGUUACUGGCUGGCCUCCAGUAUUGCCCAAGUGAAGUCCCAUGCGUGGCACGGCCACAGAUUGCAUCCUCUAAUCCAAAUCAAAAUGCUUUUGAGACAGAUCUGAAAUACUACAGGUUAAAGUGAGAGCACACAUGACUGUCCUGUGUGGCUACAUGAUGUGUUAGUAUCCUCAAAUCCAUGGCCUUUUAGAUUAAUAUAAAUAAGUACAGGUAAUAGUUCUUGGGUUAUUAUACCUGUUUUGUGCUCUGUUAUUGUUGACAAAUACUUUACAAUAAAUUUUAACAUUGUAUUUUUUUUACCAGAUAUUAAAGGGACCCUAUAGUCACCUGAACAACUUUAGCUUAAUGAAGCAGUUUUGGUGUAUAGAACAUGCCCCUGCAGCCUCACUGCUCAAUCCUCUGCCAUUUAGGAGUUAAAUCCCUUUGUUUAUGAACCCUAGUCACACCUCCCUGCAUGUGACUUGCACAGCCUUCCAUAAACACUUCCUGUAAAGAGAGCCCUAUUUAGGCUUUCUUUAUUGCAAGUUCUGUUUAAUUAAGAUUUUCUUAUCCCCUGCUAUGUUAAUAGCUUGCUAGACCCUGCAAGAGCCUCCUGUAUGUGAUUAAAGUUCAAUUUAGAGAUUGAGAUACAAUUAUUUAAGGUAAAUUACAUCUGUUUGAAAGUGAAACCAGUUUUUUUUUCAUGCAGGCUCUGUCAAUCAUAGCCAGGGGAGGUGUGGCUAGGGCUGCAUAAACAGAAACAAAGUGAUUUAACUCCUAAAUGGCAGUGAAAUGAGCAGGGUGACUGCAGGGGGAUGAUCUAUACACUAAAACUGCUUUAUUUAGCUAAAGUAAUUUAGGUGACUAUAGUGUUCCUUUAACUAACAAUCCUGUCCCUUGACAGAUUCACCUAGAAUUCAAGAGCAAAGGCCAAACGUUUGGAUGCAGGCAACAUUCUCAGUGAUGACACAGAGAUACAUAGGAUUAAUUACGAAGCAUCAAAUUGUGUCCAGCCAAAAUACGAAUGUAAAAAAUGACGCUAAAUUAGCCAAGCUGUGAAUGUAGCUGGGUGGGAGAAUUUUUUCCAAAUCAGCCUUUUAACUUCAAUUUUGCCUAUUUAGCACGAUUUGGUGCUUAGUUAAUAACCACAGACACAGUUUUAUCAUAUCAGCCACUCUCCCAUGCGCAUAAGAAAUGACAAAUUGAUUAGCUGCACACCUUCACAAACAUACAAUUUAAUGUAUUCUCCGUUACACUAUUGAGGAAGUGGGUGACAUUGGUGGCUGAAAUAUUCUCUCAAUAGAGUCUAGUGGGGAACCUGCUGCUUUCACGAGUAGUAAAGAUCCCAUUUUUGUUCCUCUUGUGUAGCCUCAUUCUUGGUUUGCAGUGCUGGGAGGAUAUGAUAAUAUUUCCUUCUGAGCUGUGAGUUAGAAUGCUGCAUUGAAUUGUUAUGGAUCCCUGAGGCUGCUUAAAAACACUUAGACAGCAAAUUCUCUUGCAGAUCAUGAAGUCCGAUCACAAAAUCUUUUGACCGGCUGUGCCUUAGAUUCUCUGUGCCUGUCCCAUGUAUGUGUCACCACAAGUUUGUUAAGCUUGGUGCCAUUCGCUAUUUAGUGGCUUCUUAUUGAUUGCACCAUGCAGAAUUAGUUCUUCAGGCCCAAGGCAACUACUCAAGCAAAAGGUUUACUGUAGCAAUGGCACUUUGUCUGAUGAGGCAAAGGCUGCAUUGAAACUGGGAUAAUUCUGCUAUAAAGGUUGAGUUACCAGGCUACUGUCAGAUAUCUCAAAAUACGGUUAAGGACCAUUGAUAUACAUGCUAUUGUAUAUGUACACACUAUUUAAAGCUUUGUGGCUAGGAAACAUUUAAGGUCAAGUGGCGAAUAUCAUGUAAUAUGCAGUUUUGGUGUUCAAAUGGUUAAUAAACUUGCUAUAAAAUGUAAUUAUAAGAAGGUAAACUAAUUGACUUAAAAUCACAUGGCUGGAGUAGAAAGGAUAAUGGUAUUUGUGUAGUUCCUCAAAGUGCAUACAUUGUGUACCAUAUGGAAAUUGAAAGGAAUGUAAAUGUAGUUUGAAUUUGAAUAUUUGCAUGUGAUGAUCUGAUGGAACGAAUCAUGCUUGCACAUACUAACGGUUGGCUUCUCAUUUCAUUUUUCCAGAUGUAUUGUCUCCUGCUUGUUCUAAAAAGAAUGCACAAUUCGAUGAAAUCCAGAUGCAGAGAUGA